AUGGUAAGCUCUAGUCCCCAGGGAGAUCCUAAAUUCUUCGCUAUCCUUUCGCUCGCCCUUCUGGCUGUGGCCUCGGCCGAUGUCAGCCACCUGGCCAACACCUACCUGCCUCCCCGCUCCGGCGCCGCCUCCACCAGCUACGAGUCCUACCAGGCUGCUCCCGCCGAGACCUACGAGGCUCCCGCCGCCGCGGCCUCCACCUACGAGAGCGAGUCCUACUCCGCCCCAGCUGCCUCCUACAACAGCGAGUCCUACUCCGCCCCAGCUGCCUCCCACAACAGCGAGUCCUACGCCGCCCCAGCUGCCGCCGCCUCUGAGAGCGCCUCCUACGCCGCCGAGACCGCCGCUGAGUCCGCCGCCGAGGAGACCUACGAGCAGCCCGCCGCCAGCUACGUGGCCCCAGCCGUGGUCAAGACCUACUCGGCCCCCGCCGUCUCCUCCUACUCCGCACCAGCUGUGGUGAAGACCUACUCCGCCCCGGCUGUGUCCAGCUACUCGGCCCCCGCUGUGGUCAAGUCCUACUCCGCUCCAGCUGUCUCCUCCUACUCCGCCCCAGCUGUGGUCAAGACCUACUCUGCCCCAGCUGUGUCCACCUACUCUGCCCCCGCCGUGUCCACCUACACCGCUCCCGUGGUGGCCAAGACCUACACCGCUCCCGCUGUUGUGAAGACCUACUCCGCCCCAGCUGUGUCCAGCUACACCCAGGCCUACACCGCCCCCGCCGUGAUCAAGAGCUACUCGGCUCCCGCUGUGACCAAGACCUACACCGCUCCCGCCGUGGUGAAGACCUACUCCGCCCCGGCUGUGUCCACCUACACCGCUCCCGUGGUGGCCAAGACCUACACCGCCCCAGUGGUGACCAAGUCCUACACCGCUCCCGUGGUGACCAAGACCUACACCGCUCCCGUGGUGACCAAGACCUACACCGCUCCCGCCGUGGUGAAGACCUACUCUGCCCCGGCUGUGUCCAGCUACUCCGCCCCGGCUGUGGUCAAGACCUACUCCGCCCCGGCUGUGUCCAGCUACUCUGCUCCCGCCGUGGUCAGCAGCUACUCCUCCGGAUCCUCGGGCACCGUCUACGGCUCCAACGGUGGAUACGUCUACUAAAGACUGCGACCCAAAACGAACCUAAUCAUACGAUGAAACCUUUUUUUUUCUUACAAUAAAUCGAAUGUAAUGUGCUAAAACAA